AAUGUGUCUAUGAAUGUAUACUGUAUGUGUGUAUACAGCUGCCCUUCAGUGUUCAGGGUCCCGGCUCUAUGAAGUCACGUGCUCUUGGGAAGGUGUUGGCCAUUAUGAAUUCAACAUGAGCUUCGCAUAUCGGUAAACACGACAUGACCAUUAUGAAACAACCCCAAUGCAGCCAUUAUGAACCCGAGUCUGCCAUUAUGAACCACACGUCACUAUGAACUCAACAUAGCCAUUAUGAAUAUCUGACAGAGAUGCCCAGACCCAAGGCUCGACCCUGAAUCUCUGCAAUGCUGGCUCAUUGACUCAAACGUAGCCAUUAUAAACUCGACAAAGCCAUUACAAAUAUCUUAAGGAGACAACCAAAAAAAGUUUCCUGAAUUAACAUUUCACACGAUUGGGACAAGUGCCAUUAGCGAGCAUCUAUGAAGGCCGGCACGGCAUACAAGUGGGUGGUGUGGCCAGCACUUUGCUGGACCACCGUUUUCUCCCCAAUACUGAUGUUUACACACUGUCAGGGACUCAUUUAACACUAAAUCGACAUAGAGGAGGCCCAGGACUGGUUCAGAUAUCACUUGCUACUGAGGUUAGCCUUGGCUGGGAAUCAAAUCCAGGAUACUGGGUGCUUAACCACUAACUCCGCAAAUCCCACACUUAAAAAUAGCCACACACACACUCCCACUGCCUACAACCAUCUAUUUAGCCAUUAUGAACCACAAGCAACAUGAUGAUAUCUUUAUCUUUGGAAUUGUCUCGUUCCAGGCAACAGCAGGCAUUUGCCUGCACGAGGCUCCACCUGCAGGAAUUAGGUCAAGGCCGGGUUAAGGUUGAAUGUCCUCUCGCCCCAAACCAUGUGCACUACUAUGUGCCACUGACCGUGACCUUGAAGCUGGCCUUGGCCUCAAACCUGACCCUGGCGAUCCAAGUUAAAAGGGUGUUCUACCUCGAGAAACACAUCAUAGUAGAGGCUCCAUGUCAUGUGACCGCAAGGGCGGGGCCUCGUCAAGGCUUGCUGAGAGCUGAUUGGCUGCCGCCGGACACACGGGGGCUGUCGGGUCACCUGGUCUACCAAGUUGCCGUGACAACCAUGCCACGUGGUGCUGCCACGACUGCUGCUACUGCCACGUGGCACUUUACACGACCUAUCGGAGCUAAACCUGGCAGAGUUAAACCUGACACAGUUAAUAAUCCUGACAUAGCUCAACCUGACAGAGCAAAUACAUUUAAACCAGCUAUAGUUCAACCUGACAUAACAGUUAAACCUGACACAGAAGAAAGUGACAUCGUGGUGAAACCAGCGAUUGAUAAACUGGAUAUAUCAGUUAAAUCUGCCGUGGAGAAACCUGCCAAGUCGAUGCUUCAAACACCUGCCACAUCGAGAACUCCUGCCACAGAGAUGCUGCUCCUGUCACGAGCUCCCUCUCUACUCGUGGAUGACCUCCCCCUGGGCGAGCGCGCCUGCGUCCGCGUGCGCGCUCGCCCGGACGGUGCCUCCAUGGGGGGGCCCUGGGGUCCGUGGAGCCACGCCGCAUGCUCCUGGCCCGCCCACAUCACGGACCUGCUGUCCCUUCUCUGCUUCACGCGGGACCUGACCUCGUUAGCCUGCGAGUGGAGGGUGGAGACCAUCCUGAACCUCACGUUCACACUAACCUACCACUCCAGUGCUGGCAGCAUGCCGUGCGCCCCAAACCUACCAUCGUCACAGUUCGCCUCCUGUUCCCUUCCUCCUGCCGCCACUUCCGAUCCUGUGAGGGCCGAACUGCGAGCGGAGACGUGGGAUUCAACCUGGAACGUGGCGACCUGGGGUCCGGCACUGCUCAGACACGCGGUACAGACACAUCCUCCAGGUCACGUGACCUUGCAUGCGGGAACAAGCAGUGGCACACUGGACGUCACGUGGUCAUCACCUGACCCGAGGCUGACCAAUCACCUUCGCUAUGAGAUCGGAUACACCGAUGCAGGGGGAGAGGCCCAUUGGAAGGUCGUUCCCGUGGAGGCGUCCACGCAACUGGAGAUGUCGGGUUUGAGUCCGGGACGGGGCUACUGGGUCAGGGCUCGGACCCAGCCCAGCAGCUUCUUGUACCGCGGCUCCUGGAGUGGCUGGAGCAGAGCGCGGCUGGGGACGGCUUCGCCUCAGCACGACAUGAGGUCUUGGUCACCUUACCUUGCGGUAUUCUUGUUUAUUGUGGCGGUGGUCGUGAUUCUCUUUGUGACAAAGACAAAGCUUCAGAGACUCAAGGCUCGCCUCUUCCCUCCGGUCUCCGCCAUCGACUUCCCAUUGAACCGCCUCAUGUCAGAGUUCAGUGACACCGUCCAGGGCUGUGCAAGGGAAGUUUCACCCGGGUUUCCGGAAGACACGGAGGUCGGCGCUUGCCCCAUCGAAGUUGUGUCCGAAGUCGACUCCCAGAGGCCGCUCCUCCACCCCCGCGAGGGCGUCAGCGGCGGCGGCGCCGGUGCCGGCGGAGGCGACGACGGCGACGACGGCGACGAUUGCUCGCCGUCGACUCGCGAUCCACUCGCCUCCCCCAAGCAAACGGCCAUCCGAAGGGCCGCCACAGUGGGCGCUCGCAAACGCAGGGUGGACAGCGGCUUCUCUGAAGGAGACACGGCGUCUGACUCUGGGGAGUCGGACGCCGCUCGAGCCAAUUUAGGCGAAUCAGAUUCGGUUGUAAUGGAUUUUUCUCAGCCGGGAUUGGCAGAGCUCGAUUAUUCGGGUUCAUGUGAAACGUAUUGGCUUCAUGCAGAAUUGUUUGAGCUCGCUUGUGCGAAAACAGACUUGUCUCGGACAGAUUUAUUUAAUCCGAAUGCAGCUGAAUUUGAUUUGCAUCCACCAAAUUUAGCUAAACCAGAGUCAUCUCUAUCGGGCUUAAUAGAGUCAAACGGGAUGAAUUCAGAAACAACUCAAUUAGAACUGGUUGAAUCUGAUACACUCAAUCCAUAUUGGGAAUAUAAAAUGAACUUCGAAUCAAAUUCAGUCAGAGCUAAUGAAAUUGAUCCAAGCUAUGAUCAAGCUGAUUCAGGUGCAUUAGAGUCACUUCAAUUUGAUUCAACGCAACUCAAUGAAAUUGAAUCAUAUUUACCUGAAUCUAGUUUAUCUGAACCAAACACAGGUGAUCCAGUUCUCUCUGGAUUGGAUUCUAAAACACAAACCUCUUUUCCAUGUGGAAUUACAUCCAAUGCCUCCGUUCCAUGCCCAAACCCGGUGACUUUAACCCAGAAUGACGGGUCAGUUCCUCCACACACAGGGCAGUAUCAGGUCCCCCACAAUGCCCUGCAGUGCACUCACCGCCCCCAGGUCUGGCUCGUGUCGGACCCUGAAGGCUACGUCAUCAUCCCUCACCACCUACUUUCAAACCUCGGCUGCUUAAAUCCCAGCAGUCUCAGCAGUCUCGGAGAUUGCGCUCUGCAAUGUCCUCAACUCAAUGCGGGUCUUGCCCCGAGCGAGGGAGAUAUGCCCACUCCAGGCUAUGUCAACAUGAACCUCCAGCCCACAACUUGACGUGGAGAAAGUUUCGGCUCCUCCAAGUGACUGGGUCUCGGCAUCCAGGGCAGGGAGGGAUGUUGCGCCCAUCCACCGCUGGGCAGAUUGGGAGGUACAGUGAUUCAAGUUUAGACACCCCCCCCCCCCCAACUUAAAGCUCCUGCGCUUGACACUGACAUUGGUGGAGAAGGGGUGAGCAGAUCAUAGACUAUUUUAAGAGUGAGAAGUAUGCAUUAUCAUUGUGUACUUUUUAAUAUUCACAUAAAUUCCUUCAGUAAAUAGACAUUCACUUUGCUAUUGUAGUAUUUCAUUUAGCCCAGUUCUCAGCUUUCCCUGCCGACAGAGCUCUUUCCGCUGUUUGUAUAAAAAAUCAAGCUGCUGCACGCUGCACACACCCCGAUGAGAGUGGCGAGGACUGGCGUUUUAGAAAACUGACCCACAGCUGAAAGACACCACACUCGAAGGUCGCUUCAGUCAAACUCAGUGUCGCUCGGUGGGACACUGCUUGGGGAGGCAAAUAUUGACAUGUGAGGUAUAUUGGUGAUCUCUAUAUGAUUUGGUAAUAGUGUAGGCUUUUUCCCCCCAAUAAAAUAACUGCUCUAUUUUUGUCAUUAUUACUCAUUGCACUCUGGACCAUAUUAAACCGCUGUGGUCCGGGCUUCUUCAACAGAGGAUUAGCGCAACUACUCCAACUCUCUCCUGAGAAUCCCCCUUCGUGGCGAUCAGACCUCGACAUUGGCAUUUACCUCCUGAACAUAUGCAAGCAGAGAGUAGCGUAUCAUUACAAGUCAUAGAUCAGUAGCUGUUUUUUACCUUUUAAAAUAAUCGCAUUGUCAUCUCAUGUGGGGAAUUGAACCCAUGCAUUGUAUCUGGUUCGCGAGAUCACCUGAUGUUCCACCUUCACAGUUGCAGUGUUUACAUGCAGUGUACGCCCCCACCAUACUUCCGAUUAUCACGGUUGGCUACGUAUGGUGCGAAAGAAGUUCAACAUGCAUACAAGUGCUGUGUUUUUAUUGUGUGUGUAUAUAUAUAAACACGACCUGUAUGUAUUCUCUUUGUCCACAGGUGUUGUACAAAUUGUGGUUUAUAUCGUGGGAAGCUGCUGACUUAUGGUUGUGACAUGCACAAAUUCUAAUUGCUGGCAGAUGUCGUUUAUUUUUUACACAAAACUGAUUCUCCAAAAAAAUCCCCUUUCUUUUACCCAACGGCAAAAAACCGGGGAAAUUCUGCCGUGCGACAGCGCCACACGGUCGUGGUGGCAGCUACUCGCACUGAGACAAGGAGCAUAGAUUAACAAUACAACUCCCGUACUCGUGAACUCGCUGAGCAGAAUGAAGACGACAGAAAUAUCUUCACGAUCCGUGUGUUUACGAACUGUGGGUGACUGCAAGUCCCCCCACAACAAACGACGUGUACGAUUGUUGACGCUCGGUUUUAAUUGCCAAAGGCUCCAACAGCCAAACUCAAGUUUAACACGUCGGCUUUCGAGACCAAUAUCCAUAGAGGUUUUUGGGUUUUUUGGUUACAGUGUUUUAAAACCGAAACAGGAGGACUUCACUAGCAUCGUCAGGCUAUCGCGGCUAUCGCCUGAUGAUGCAAGUUGUAAUUACUGGCGAAACGUCGUACUCGAAUUGUAAAUAUUGUGGGUUUACUCUCCGACACACCGGUGUGCUAUACUAGUAACGAAUUCGCACGUUUUAUUUACGCGACAACCCUUACUAAUUGGCUGUAUCGGGUGGUGGCGGGUCUAAUGAUGUAUUUAUAUUUACGAAAUCGAACCCGAUGACCUCUAUUAUGGAGCCAAACUUAAGCGGCUUUAUCGAAGAUGCUCAAGUUGUGCGCUCUUGUUUCCAGCCUCGUAAAAACCGCUCCACCCUUUCCUCUCCCCGACCAUGGAGCCGGUUUGCUGCCCCCAAUUCCACAACUGUGGUGCCGCACCGAUGGCUCUAUGUCUGACCUCAUCGUUUGAAUGUAACGGACUAAUAAGAGCUGUUUUGAAAAAAAUAAACCAUGCAUAUGUGAGGACUUAUUUUACAACUACUUUUCUCUGCUCUCAACAUGCAUAGAACAUUAAUUACACAUACAGUGUACAACUUCUUCCAUACGGUGGAUUACAGAAUGAAUGUAAUAUCAAAUUCACCAUGUAACGCAAAGUGUUGCAUGACGGGAAAAUACUAUUCUUGUAAUAAAGAAAACAGUGUAAGUUGUAAAUAAGAGCGGUGGCAACUCUCCACGCUCUGGGGUGAGUUGCAGUGAAGUUGUU